AUGCAGCGAAAAAGGCAUUACAGAUGUAAAGUUAAAUGUAAAUCUUUUGGUAUUCAGAUGAAUAGUGACCAUUUUGCCAAGCACAACCAUAAUAAACAUGAAGGACGUGCGUAUUCACCACAAAUUGUUGAAGGAAACCAAACAACAAUAUCGUUUGCCAUUGCCAAGGUAAGUGAUCAAAUGGCUAACUGUUUCAUUAAAAAUUUAAUGCACAAUUGAAUAUUAUGUAACAUCCAAGGAAAGGCCUACUCUGGGGUGGUAAAUCGCCUUAAAUCGCUGCGAUAUAAUGCGAUCUUGGGCGAUUUUAGGCGAUUUAAGGAAAAACUGGGACUUUCAAGCACUGCGAUUUAAUGCGAUUUUAAGCGAUUUAUGGCGAUUUAAGAAAAAAAAUUAAAUUUUAGGGAUUGCAAUUUAGGUGUUUUCAAAGGAACUGAAUUUUAUAUUUUGCUCCGGUUUCCUCCCACAAGGCAAAAUUGGCAGGGUGGGUUAGGAUAAACACAGUUAGGAAAGUAAUAUCAUAUUCUCAUUGUUGUAAAGAUAAAUAGUCUAGGCUAACAUAAGUAAUCAUAGUACUUGAUGUAAUCGGUCACUGAAAAGCCCCAAUGUGGGGAGUGAGCUAAAUGAUAAUGUAAUGUUUCCACACACAUAUGCAUUGUAUGAAGCAAAAUACAAUUAUUAGAACAUGUAUGUACAUUUUAUAUAAAGCUAGGUUAACUAAUUAUUGUAUUUAACCUGAUUCACAUAUAAAUUUCAAUAUUCAUGAACUUUUCAUCCAUUCUCUAUUUAGAAGCAAUUUGGGUUCAUCUUGUGGGGUCAUGUGGUCAUUCAUGGCUACAUUAUAUGCCACAAAUAUUGUAAACAUUUAAUAUACUCUACUGAAGGGCAUGCACUACACAUGUCUUAAACUUUAAUAUCAUUAAUUUAUGUCGAGUUAAAAUUGCAAAAUAUAAUAAAUAUUUUAUUUCCAAAAAAACCCACAAGAGAAACACACAAUGUAUUUAUACAGUAUAACUAAACUGAAUAAGCUAUAAUCCUAUAAAUUACCUUGUCACCCUUGUAAGUGAAAUUGUCUUGUUUUGUAUCAUGUCCAAACUUCUUUAUUUAGCUUGCAUUUUAUUUAAACUGUUUCAAUCUCAACAUGUUUUAUAAAAUUUUUGAUAUCUAUAUCAUAUCCCAAUGCCAUAUCCAGAAACAGCUAGUAUCGUCACGCAUUCGGAAACUGUCGGCGUAAUGCCGUAAUGUUUAAAUUACAUGAAGUAUAUCGUAUAUAAAUGGUAGGAAGUCUAAUUUCUAAAUUAUUUUAAAAUUAAAAACAAAAUAAUACAGUAUUAAACAAAUGGCGCACUACAUCGUGGUUUUAGGUUCUGCAAACAAACAACAACAAAAGAUCUAUUGUAUGGUAUGUACGAUGUAAUCAUUGUUUUACUGUUUAUUGUAUAUACAGGUCUGGAAAAUUUAAUAGAUGAGAGUUGCAAAUCGCUCAUAACCUCACGUAUAUUUUUCGUUUGAUAGCCACUAUAAUUAUAACUAGGAGCUAGAGUAUAACCAUGCACAUGUCGAAGUACAACCAUUGUAUACAAUGCAGUGCUCGAUCUUACAUGCAACAGUGCACAAAUUACAGGAUGACUUUAUUAUAUAAAUCAACACUCGUACUAAUUGACUUUCCUAGUCUCCUACUGUUGUUCUAAUUAACAGCAAUUAGGCUUUGAGAAGCCAUGUAGAUUAUAGAUUAAUUUGUAGCCCAGCCUCCAUAGUCCAUAUAAAUUGUAAUGUAGCCCAGCCUCCAUUUACACCAAUAAUGAAAUUAACUCAUUCUGGUAACUAGCUCAAUUUUGUUGCUGGUAGUGUAUGGGAUCUAUGGGUCUUUCAGAUCCCAGAAUUACCUAAUUAUUGUAAAGUCUGCAUAAAGCAGAAAAAGGCUCUGUUUUUGUCAAUGACCGGUGCCUAUUGAGUGACCAAAUAUUGUCAGCCUAAUCCACUUAUUUGAUUGCUAAUUCAUGUUGCAUUACUUUUGAUUGCAAAGCACCUGGAUUACAUGAUUUGCCCGUAAAAUAGCAGCAAUUGAUAAACUUGAGUACAUGGACUGAAUGUAUCAAACAGAAUGCAUGUUGGCGAUUUUAAGCGAUUUUAGGCGAUUUAAGAGAAAUUCGACAAUUUUAACCCGCGAUUUAAUGCGAUUUUAGGCGAUUUAAGGCGAUUUACCGCCCCAGAGUAGGCCUAAGGGAAGUUUUUUACUUUUAGUGUAAAUUAUUUCUAGUAUAUCUAUUUUGUUCACACUGUUUGCAGAGGUAUGAGUGAGCUAGCAAAUACUAGGAAAUAGAAAGCGCAUGUAUAAUGUAGGAAGUGGUUAUUGGUCCGACAUUUCCUUAAUCAUUAAACUCGUUAACUAUAAAACCGUGUAAAUUUAAUCGAAUUUCAAGCGAUUCUCCGUAGUGUUGUGGUUUAGGUAUACCCGUGUUGGGUGCGCCAAGCUCUGGGAUCGAAUCGAAUUAAUUUUUUUAUACUUUUUUUCUUCGUGGUUUUCGCAAGUUUUUACAAUUUUUGGUUAGGUUAGGUUAUUGGGUUAGGUUGGGGUUAGGGUUAGGGUUAGUUUUCAGGGUUAGAGUUCCGUUUAGUGGUUUAGUGUUAGCUUUUAAAGCGUUGUCGGACCUUUAGCCGUGAAGCACGAAGGUCCGGUGUCGGACCUAUAACCACGGCGUAUAAUGUAUUCAUUAGACAAAGGCUGGGCAUGUAGAACAAUUCACUGACAGAGUUUCCCAGUUGUAUUUAUGGGACAUAUAAUUUGUGUUUUGUAUUAAUUGCAAAUUGUAGUUGUUUAAAUUAAAAUUUAAAAUUUAAACUGUAGUCGUUCAAAUUUAAUACCCCUAUUUCAGACUAUUUGACUAUUACAUGGUGUUUCCUGUAGUUUUUCUCUUGAUCACCAAACCGGCUGGCCUCACUCCUUAGACAGAAGGAGAUUUGUCACAUUAACCCUUUAUUGCACUUGGUUGCAUUGUGCUUUCCUUUGGUUUCCCCUUGGCCAGUAAAACCUGGUAUUGAUUAUCCAAAUAAUUACAUCAUUUUAGAUGGAUUCACAUGUGUCAUCAUCAAGUCUAUGUGAUAUGCAAGCAGGUUCCGAGUCCAAAAGUCAUGUUUUAGCUCAGUCUGACAAUUUUUCAUCCACUGCUGUUUUGUCAACAACGAAUAAAUCUGCCCAAAUAGUUGAGGAAUCUUGUGAUAUUAUUCCAUCUAAUCUCGAGGAUACACAGGAAAAGGUAGGAACCGUACUCAGAGUGUUUUUUAUCUUUAUUGCAUAAUGCAUGUGCAUUUAGGAUUUUAAGUCAUAAUCAACAUUUUAUGUUUUAAUUUGCAAGGCUGCAAAACAGUUCUCUUGCUAUUUGAGAGAAAGUUUAAGACUUGUAGGUAAUAUAAGUCUAUUCUUGUUUUCUUAACUUUGCAGAAUGAUUAAAAACACUUUAAUCUGUUGUCUAGGAAUCCUCCAAAGACAAGUUGCCAAAUUUUGAAGACUGUGAUUAUAUAUCUGACAGCGAUACAGAUAAAUCAGGUGAAUGUAGCAGCACAGAAUCAUGUGAAGAUUCAACUAGGAGAUUACCAGAGGAUGUAAGUAUUACAAUGUUGUUAAUCACUUAAUUUUCUUAUCCCGGGUCACAACCCUUGAAUAUGACAUUCUCACGUUCAACCUCAAAGACACAAAUUAAUAAACGUUCUUGUCAAUAUUUUUAUGACAGAUUAUCGAUGACAGCAGUGAUUAUGACGGCAGUGAUCCUGCUUCUAAUGGACAAGGAGACCAGAAUGCUGUAGAAUUGUGGCAGAUGUGCAUUGCAGAAGUUAAAAUACUGGCAAGCAAUGCUCAAGAGUGCAGCAUCGUUGUCCAACAAGCAUUAUCCUCAGAGAUUGUCUAUCCUGAAGAACUCUUACCAGAUGUUCUUGGAGCUAUAUCAAAAGUUAACGAUAUGUGAAGAGAAUAGAAGGAAAAUGUGAAAAUGCCGAUCCAGCAGACCGACCCUCAAUACUCAGUGAUGAACAAAAGCAGACAGUGAUAAAAAAUGGGCCUUACCAGCCAAAGCUUAAAUCUUAUCCUGAUAAUCCUGACAUUCGACCUAACAAGCAGAGACGAUUUUCGCCCUCUUGGUACAGCGAAUUUCCUCACCUAGAGUAUAGUGUGAAAACAGACUCUGCUUUCUGUUUUGUUUGCUCUAUAUUUCCAUCUGGAGUUGGAAGAGAGAGGGCUUCUGAAGCAUGAAUCAAGGGUGUCAAGUCGUGGGACAAAAUGAAAAGUCGUGGCAAAGAGGACAAAGGGAAAUUGGCACAACAUUUUUGUUCUGCAUCACACAAAGCUGCCUUACAACAACUUGCUCAUUUUGCCAAUAACAUGGCACAUGUUGACGUGAUGCUAGAUAAGCAGAUGCGAGCGCAAAAAUCCAGGAAGAAGAGAACAAUUACGCAAUCAAGAAGUCAUUAAGAUCUUGUUUGACAUCGCUAGAACCCUUGCCAGACAACAGCUCGCUUUUCCAGGACACGACGAAUCUGAUGGCAACUUUGUCCAGAUAGUAAAUCUUGUUGCCAGACACAACGCGCAAUUGAAGUCUUGGCUCAGCGAUAGGAACUUGAAGCCAUAUGCAGUAAAGUACUUGUCGCCGCAUUCACAAAAUGAGUUCGUAAGUUUGUUAGCCGAAGAUGUUAAAGCACGCAUUGUAGCUGGUCUGGAAUCCGCAAAAAUGUUCUCUGUUAUGGCAGAUAUAUCACCUGACACUGCCAAUACUUACAGAUUGUUGUUGCAGUGAGAUAUCUUGAUGAAGAAAACUCUCCAACGGAAAGGGUUCUAGAGAUGACAGAAGCGAUUGAUAAAACUGGUGAAGGACAAGCGAAAGAAAUAUUGGAAUCACUUGAGUCCGGAAUUUCAAGUACAGACGGCCUAGUCUACCAGUCAUACGACUACACUGCAUCAAUGUCUGGAGUUUACAAUGGUGCUCAAAAGUGCUUGCAAGAUAAAGUUGGUCGCAGUGUCCCAUAUAUACCUUGUUAGGGCCACAGGUAGCUAUGUUUGUUUAGUUUAAUAGAUUUACCACAGAUUACAUACGAACCAUAUUACAGACAAUACUUACAGUUAGUGGCAGGGAAUGAACACAGGACAAAAGUCCCAAUAACAUUGUAACUAAUUUCUAUAAAAAGUAUAUUACGUAGUUCUUUAAGUUACCUAACCUUAUAUAAAGUCAGUCAGAGAAUGUGUGUCGACCAUAAUACUUUGCCUGAUAAAAUCCAAAAUCUACCUUGCGAUCAUUUUGGGAGGCCUAGAAACUAAUAUUUCGUUUCUGAAACCACACAAAAUCUCAACAUCUCUUAGAUGUGAUUAACAUAAUAAGUUAUUAUAUGUAUAUAUAUAUAUAUAUAUAUAUUAUUAACAUACUGUACAAUCAAUGCAAUUAUUUAUUUUCAUCAAUUUUUAAGGUCCAAUACAUUCACUGAGCACUGUUCAAAAGCAGCCAUGUUCUCUGAAAUGUACAACGUCUUGGAAGAACUGUACGUAUUCUUCAGCAGAACCUGCAAACGGGACUCAGUCUUGAAAGAUCUGCUGCAGAAAGUGGAAAAUGCUCUGAAACUUCGGAAUCUGUCGAAGACCCGCUGGGUUUACAGAUACGAAUCCAUUGA